AUGCGCCUGGAGCCGGAUGAACGCUACACGGAAGCCUUUCGACCACUGCUGCCACCCGCGACCUUGAAGGAGCUGCUGGCCGCACCUCACCGGCCGUACUUCUUGGCGCAGCGCAUCAACAAGCGCAUCGCCGACACGUACGAUGCGGGUGCCACGAAGAACGUGCGUUUGGUUGUUGCGAUGCAGAACCAGAUCAAUAACUUGGUCCAAACCAUCGAAGGCAUUGAAUGCAUCCGCAGUACGCCAGAGCCGUGGAGCUACCAGAAACACAAUGUUCUCCUCAUGAAGCUCUGGCUGAGCAUUCUGCCCGUCGCUUUAGUGCCCACGCUCCAUUUUGCAACACCAUUGCUGGGUGGAUCGAUUGGCUACGUUGUCUACAAGCUGGACGACGUGGCCGCAGAGAUUUGCAAUCCUUUUGGUGUGGACGAAAGUGACAUCAGCCUGUGCGUGAUGAUUGACAGGUUCCAGUUGGAGCUCUUAGCGGCACUUUUGGCAGAGGUGAAAUAUCAACCAUGCCAUACAGCAGUUAUGCCAGAGCUAUGUGCCGAUGAUAUGCCAGAAGAGUGUUCCGAACAGCCUUAG